GACGUCAUUGACAUGCGCCUCUCCCGCACCACAGGGAACAUGGCUCUUACAAGGCCGAAGAGUCUUUUGGUGCUUGUGGCCCGGCUGCUCCUGGCUCCUCGUCGGGACCUGGCGGUCCGCUGUCCCGAGGAGUCCCUGCCGGUGGUGCGCAUUCCGCGGGCCUUACAGCGGCGGACCAGCCCGCGCGCCUCACACUGGGCCGCUGGGAAUGCACCCCGCUCGCCUCCCGCGGCUGGAGGCAUCGGCGCGCACAUUGGGACCACUUCUCCAUUGAGCGCGCGCACCCCCAGGCGCCAGCUCUGCGGAAUCUCUCGUCCAAGGACAGCUUCGCAGACUUGGGUCUGGAGACUCGAGUGCUUCGCGCACUACAGGAGGCUGCACCCGAAGUCGUUCGGCCAACAACUGUGCAGUCGAGCACCAUCCCCCCACUACUUCGCGGCCGCCACAUCCUUUGCGCCGCGGAAACUGGCAGCGGCAAAACUCUUGGCUACCUCCUACCGCUUUUUCAGCGGCUUGUGGACCUGCCAAACCUGGGUACCCGCCCUAUUCCUGCUCCCCGGGGCCUAGUCCUUGUGCCUUCCAGAGAAUUAGCCGAACAGGUUCGGGCUGUGGCGCAACACUUGGGCAGCUCCCUCGGACUGCAGGUGCGGGAGCUAGGGGGAGGCCAUGGCAUGAGUAAGGUCAGGCUGCAGCUGUCCAAACAACCUCCAUCAGAUGUGCUAGUGGCCACUCCAGGAGCUCUGUGGAAGGCCCUCAAAAGUCAACUUAUCAGCCUGGAACAGCUCUCCUUCUUGGUGUUGGAUGAGGCAGACACACUGCUGGAUGAAAGCUUCCUAGAACUGGUGGACUACAUCUUGGGGAAGUGUCAUAUAGCCGAAGCCCCAGCUGACUUAGAAGAUUCCUUCAAUCCCAAAGCUCAGUUAGUGCUGGUUGGAGCAACAUUUCCCGAAGGUGUUAACCAGUUGCUGAGUAAAGUCGCCAGCCCGAACUCCCUCACCACCAUCACCAGCUCCAGACUCCAUUGCAUCAUGCCUCAUGUUAAACAGACAUUUAUGAGACUAAAGGGAGCCGAUAAAGUGGCAGAGUUGGUGCAGAUCCUCAAGCAUCAUGACAAAGCAGAUAAGAACAGACCCUCGGGAACUGUCCUGGUGUUCUGUAAUAGCUCCAGCACUGUGAACUGGCUGGGAUAUAUUCUGGAUGACCACAAAAUCCAACACCUAAGACUGCAGGGGCAAAUGCCAGCCUCAGUGAGGGCAGGAAUCUUCCAAAGCUUCCAGAAGGGCUCCCGAGACAUACUUCUUUGCACAGACAUAGCCUCUCGGGGCUUAGACAGCACCCAUGUGGAGUUGGUUAUCAAUUACGACUUCCCCCUCACCCUGCAAGAUUACAUCCACAGAGCUGGGAGAGUGGGCCGUGUGGGGAGUGAGGUACCAGGGACUGUCAUCAGCUUUGUGACCCAUCCUUGGGAUGUGAAUCUGGUUCAGAAGAUUGAGCUGGCAGCUCGACGAAGGAGAAGCCUUCCAGGGCUAGUGUCCUCAGUGAGAGAGCCUUUGUCUCAGCAAACCUGAUCUUACCUAGCUUAAAUGUGAUCCCAAGACAGGGAUUGUUCCCAGGGUCCUGGUGGGUGAGCACACUUGUGAGUAGGAGGUACUGAGCUUCCCUGUCACUUCACUACAGCUUGCCUCUGUAGCCUUUCAGAUGACAUAAAAAUAAAAUGGAUUUUAACUUUGUA